GCUGAGCACGUGCGGGGCGUGGCAAGGCGCACAGGCCCAGGCCCGCGGCGGCGUCGUCGUCGUCGUCGUCGUCGUCGUCGUCGUCGUCGUCGUCGUCGUCGUCGUCGUCGUCGUCGUCGUGUCGUCGGGCAUGGGGCGGUUGAGGUGGCGGGCGGUGGCGGCGGUGGCCGCGGGCCUCUCGCUGGCCCUGGAGGCGUUGCCCUGGCUGCUGCGCUGGCUGUGGGCCGGGCGGCGGCGGCGGCCGCGGCGCGAGGUGCUCUUCUUUCCGUCGCAGGUGACCUGCACCGAGGCCCUGCUGCAGGCCCCGGGCGCGGCGGCGGCGGCGGCGGCCCCCGCGGGCUGUCCGUGCAGCCUGCCGCACUGCGAGAGCUCGCUGAGCCGCCUGCUGCGCGCCCUGCUGGCCGCCCGCGCCAGCCUGGAGCUCUGCCUCUUCGCCUUCUCCAGCCCGCAGCUGGGGCGCGCCGUGCAGCUGCUGCACCAGCGCGGGGUGCGCGUGCGGGUCAUCACCGACUGCGACUACAUGGCCCUCAACGGCUCGCAGAUCGGCCUGCUGCGCAAGGCGGGGAUCCAGGUUCGCCACGACCAGGACCUGGGCUACAUGCACCACAAGUUCGCCAUCGUAGACAAGAAGGUGCUGAUCACGGGCUCGCUCAACUGGACCACGCAGGCCAUCCAGAACAACCGGGAGAACGUGCUGGUCAUGGAGGACCCGGUGUACGUGCGCCUCUUCCUGGAGGAGUUCGAGCGCAUCUGGGACGAGUUCAACCCCGCCAAGUACACCUUCUUCCCGCAGAAGCGGGCGCGCUGACUCCGGCGGGCCAGGGGCUUCGCCGGCUGUGGCUGGCUCCGUGGGGGCGGGGUGGGCUUGUUAAAAGGGGAAUCCCCGCCGUGGGACCCCCCCAGGACACCCCCCCUGGGCCGCCAAGUUGAAGCCCGGGGUGCGGGGCUGGGGGGCCGGGCGCCCUCGCCCCGGAGCGCGCUUGGUUGGGGAGGGGGUGCCCGUGCCUCCAAGGCCCGAAGCCGCCUCCAGCUUGGUGGCCUUGACGUUGGGUCUGCGCGGUGUGCGGGGCGGGGGAUAGGGGGGUGGGGGCGGGGC